AGAGGAGCUAGGCCUUGAGCGAGGCGGGUCUAGGGUGGUAGUUACGCUCUGCCCUUUUCCUUCUCCCACGGCUGGGUCGACUGGAAAGCUGGCCUGUCAAGUCGUGCGUCCUCGGUGUUCACCGCUCAGCGUCCUCUGGACUUUGGGAGAAAGUCGGGGCGUGACAGGGGGGUUGAAAACUCUCCUAUGGGCGGGUCCAGCGGCCUCCCUGCUUCCCGCUCGGCCCGGCCCCCGCCCGCUGCUGGCCACCGCAGGUUUCCAUCCUGACCCCCGCCAGGCCAAGUGCCCAUGGAGGAUUGCUGGCUGUCCAGCCCUGGCCCUGGCUCCGGACGGAGGCUCUUGGUCACGGCAACGCCUGGCAGCCUGUAGUCUUCUGGCCUUGUUUUUGCGGGGCUCCCGGCGGUGUCCUCUCUGCUAUUAUUUAGCAAUCAAGUGAUGCUGUUUGGAAAAAUUUCCCAGCAGUUGUGUGGCUUAACGAAACCCCCACGGUCAUGUGACUACAGAAACUUUUGGGGCUGGUUGAAUGCAGUGUUUAAUAAAGUAGAUUAUGAACGCAUCAAGGACGUGGGACCCGAUAGGGCAGCAUCUGAGUGGCUGCUACGCUGUGGGGCCACGGUGCGCUACCAUGGCCAGGAGAGGUGGCAGAAGGACUACAACCACCUCCCAACAGGACCUCUGGACAAAUACAAGAUCCAGGCAAUUGAUGCCACCGAGUCCUGUAUCAUGAGAAUUGGAUUUGAUUAUCUGGAGGGCCUACAGCACGUUGAAAAAAUAAGACUAUGCAAGUGUCAUUAUAUUGAGGAUGACUGUUUGGAGAGACUUGGUAAACUGGAAAAUUUACAAAAAAGCAUACUGGAAAUGGAAAUAAUUUCAUGUGGGAACAUCACAGACAAAGGAAUCAUUGCAUUAUAUCACUUAAGAAACCUCAAGUAUUUGUUGUUAAGUGAUCUUCCUGGAAUAAGAGAAAAAGAAAAUCUUAUCCAAACCUUUAAGACAGCACUGCCUUCUCUGGAACUAAAAUUAGACUUGAAGUAAAAUAAUAAUAUUCAACAAGUGUCUUCUUUCAAUAUAAAGUAUCAUUUAAAAUUGUUGAUCCUAAAUAGCAGUAAAUAUUACAUAAUCAUCAACAGACCUUAAGGAUGUUGUAUCAUGAUGUUUCAGAAGCAGAGAGUCCAUCAUGUAGAAAAUUAAUAUUCAGACAUGACUCACUGAAGUUACUAAGUUGAAAGUAAAAAUCUAUGCACAUUAAGUCAUUUUAAGAAAAAUGGAAAGCAGGUAGCAGUUUAAUUCUGAUAUAUUCCUCAUUUUAUAUAAAUAUCUAUGUCGAUAACUUUUGUUGUAGAUGACGACAGAGUUCUUUAAACUGAUUUAGGGUGGGGUGCCGGGGUGGCUCAUUAGGUUAAGCAUCUGCCUUAGGCUCAGGUCAUGAUGCCAGGGUCCUGGGAUCCAGCCCCUCAUCAGGCUCCCUGCUCACCUGGGAGCCUGCUUCUCCCCCUGCCUCUUCCCCUACUUGUGGUCUCUUUCUCUGUCAGAUAAAUAAAAUCUUUAAAAAAUAUAUUUAAAAAACUAAAAAAAUUAAGUGAUUUAAACAUGCAACACAGAUACUCUUUAUUGUACUUUAUCAGUAAUUCAUAUUACUGUUACCUUUUACUUUAAAGUUAUUGAAGCAUGUUAUCAUAACAGUGCAAUUAUGAAAAACUGAAAGCUAAAUUUCAGAUUCAUUGGUGGAGUCAAUUAUGAAAGGCAGUCAGUGGUUGUUGAGGCAUUUGUAUCACUUCCCAGGAUUUGCAUGCAUUUCCAUGAUCCUACAUUCCUGUGUUCUUCAUAACAUACGCCUUUCUUUGGCUAAUUUGUCUAUUUUGUAAUCUUAGUCUAGGGUUUUAUUAAAACUAGACAUAAAUACUUGGCUGAAUUCAAAUAGUUUUGCCAACUACAGUAGAACAGAGGAAAUGAUCAUGAAGACCAGCCCAGUUAUACUUCUUUUUUGCUUAAAUUAAAAGGUUGCUUUAAAUAGGAAAUUUUAACAUGUCAAUUAGAAACUAAUUUUUAUUCCCCCAUACAUGUUGGAUACCUCUUCUAUGAGCUCAAGGACAUCAAAAAGAAGUAUAAGUGCAAAAACAAAAAAAAGCGUAAGUGCAAAAUUCAGUUUAUAUCUAGAAAGUAGUGACAAAGAAUAUCAGAUAUGGAUGAAAACAGAUCUUUAUUUUUACCCCGAAAUCGCCCUGGUUCUAUUACUAUUAAUGAUAUGCCAACUUGUUUGUAGAUUUCUGUAUGUUUGGUUUGAACAUUAUACUCUUAACUAUAACCUUGACUAGAAAUAGUUUUAAAAUAAACAGUGUAUGAUGCAGCAUUUGGGAAAAAAAUGAAUUUUUGUUGUGUUUAGAAGCCAGCUUAUGUAAAUAGCACAUGCCAUAAAUGAUAUACCAUUUAUAAAUAAAAUUUCCACUGUCAAUUAUAAAAUCAGAACACAGUAAAUUUUAAAAAAUAGACUAAGCAUAGAACAGUCUCAUGUGAAACAGUGGUGAUUCCAUGCUGAACGAAGGAUUACA